AUGGAAUUGCUAUUUUUAUAUGUUAUGAUUUUACUUUUGAACAUGUUUGAUUUUUCAUCAGGAAUAACAUAUAACAAAGGUGAUAUGGAGAAUCGCUUUGCUUGUGCUAGCCAAGGUUUCCCCCAAAAGAAUGAAAUAAUCAAGUUGUAUCUUUUCUCUGAUGAUUUGAAAAUCCAGUGUUUUUUCCAGUCUGAAAAUGAGCUUACUUCAAGGGAAUUUCUAAGCGUGUUCACAUCAGGAGGACUUGCUCCCAGCUUGGGAAUCAUAAAUAGUACAUAUACAGGCAUCUUCCACUUUAAUUUAACUUUGUUCAGUGAUCGGGUUUACUGGUUGAUUGAUAUUCCCAGAGAAAACAUUACCAAAAAUACAGAUAUUGCAGCUGUAGAAGAAUGGUUAGUCAGGAUCACUUUACAACACGGAUUAAAUAUUUAUAAUACUGAAGGAACGCUAUUGGAUAGGGUUCGAGAACCUAUUCUUCAGUGGAAACUUGGGACUAUGAUGACAAGAAACAACAUCAGUAAAGUAUACCCACAUGUGGUAGAUCUCAAAGUGACGAAAUGCCCUUGUGCCAAUGAUGUGGCCUUACUUGGCUUCAUUAUGGAUUCAACUCUUGAUGGUGUUUACAUAGGCCUCAGCUUUUCUGGAUUUUGGAAUUAUAAUGAUACCACGUGGUAUAACCUGACAGACAUGAUCUACUCCCAAGUUGGAGAAGAGCACACAGAGCUUUCAGUGGUGGAUAUGGUUCUAGCAAAUCAUUUUUUAGUUAUCCUCACCUCUUUGGGUCUUUUUAUAAGUGGAGAUCUUCGCUAUCCAUCAUCCUCUGUCUUACUGUUUUCAAGGGCAGAGUUUUGUGGUUUCGAAAGGGUUGACUAUAUCAAAGGAAAACUGUGGUAUAAUGAAAGAUGUUUUGCUAACAGAGAACGUUUUGAAGUCGAUUAUAUUACCAUCACCUUUGAGAGAAACAGGACCCUAAGUGAGGCAAGCUCUUGUUUUUAUAGCAAAGAACCAUUUCUUGAAUGGCUACCUUGCUUACCUUCCAUUUCAAAAAGAAUGAAAACUAUUCCAUCAACUGUGAUAACAUUUCUUAUUGACCAAGAACAAAGUUCUGGCAUCUACCUCUUCCAGAACCAGAAAAAUACCACUGCCUCUGUGAGGAUCUUUAGAAACAACAGACCAAGAUUAAGACAAAAAUUUCCCCUUUUCUCAUUUCCUUCGUCAUUCUCUUCUCCUGUUGGAAUGGUGUUCCACCCACGAAGCCAUUUUCUGUAUGCCUAUGGUAAUCAGGUAUGGCUUUCAGUUGAUGGUGGCAACACUUUUGAAUUAUUAGCUGACUUUCAUGAUGACAUCAUAAAGAAUGUUUAUCAUAGUUUUUAUACUUCGGAUAUUACUUUUGUUUCCCAAAGUGGGAAGGUUUACUCCACAAAGGCAGGAUUAGGAAGAUAUACUGAAAUCGGAUCCAUCUCUGAUCAGAUUUUCACAUUAUACUAUGACCACAUGGGAUUCAUACAUAAACUGACUCCAGAUCAUUUUGAAGCUAGUGGGUCAUUUGGUGCCUUUGGAAAUUCUAAAGGUAUUUUUGGACAGGCUCCUGACAUGGGCUUUGAGACAGCCCUUGCUCCGCAGCAUAUCACCUUAAAUGAAAUGAUCUUUUAUGCAUAUGUGCCUGAGAAUGAACCUCAGGGAAGUAUCUACACCAAGAAAUUCAACGAGAUUCACUUUGGAAAAGUGAUACACUCCAGGAAAACUGGAACAGCUUACAUAAGAGAGAUAUUGUACCAUGACACCCCUAAAGGAUUUUUGUCCUCAGUUAUUGCAGAAAUGAUAGACCCUUUUGGAAUAGAGGCAGUACAUGAAAGCUCUUGUUUGUCUAGUUCCCUUUCCAUUAAUCAAGCUGGAAAUUUCUUCUAUAAACUUAGUCUUCAAUUACAAACUUCAGGUGAUACGUCCUCAUUUCAAGAUUCAGAUAUAGAGAAGACUGUGGUGAUUCCUGGUUACAGCAGCUUCCUGAUCACAAGGAUUUUAGAUAAUGAGAAUGCUUUAGCUAUUGCUACUAUGCCUGGAAGAGUACCCAACAAUAUGACCUUUCUGAAAGACUCCUGGUUCUUAUACAACUUUGGGCAAAGGAAUGGCCGAACAUGGAAGAUAUAUUCAAAACCAUGUAAUUACUGGUUUCAGCAACAAGAUGGCUCACUGUCCCUCAACGUCCUGAAAUAUAUUGACCUGGGGAAAUCUCAUUCUUUUAAAAUUAAGGUCAUACCUAAUACAAAAAGUGUUCGAACCCUUGAAAUACCACUAUUGAAAGUAAUUGUGGGAAACCCAAAUUUGUUGGAAGUUAAAGCUAAAGGCUAUUUUGAUGAUACUGAUAGUUAUCUAAUGGAAAUUUCUGCAGCUAGCAAAACUUUACGACAAGGUUCAACUUCACUGGCAUUUAUUGUCUGGGGAGCGUCGACUGAGUGCUUUGUUACAACAAUCGUGCCAACCUUGAAAAGCAGCUGUAGUUAUCUCAAGUCUAUGCAUCACAUCCCUAGUGAAUUUAUUCCGUUGGAAGACUGGAACAGUGGAGUUCACGUGGACAGUCAGGGUUUUAAUAUGAUCAAAGUUUUGCCAGUAAACUACAGGCCUCCCUCUAAUAUGGGAAUUGCUAUUCCACUCACAGAUAAUUUUUAUCAUGCAGAUCCUAGCCAACCUAUACCAAGAAAUCUAUUUCACAAGUCAAAGAAAUCUGGUAAAUUCAAACAGUGUGCUAAUGCAUCUACUCGAGAGGAGUGUAAUUGCACAAACAAUCAGAAGUUUUCAUAUGCUGUUGGGUUCUCAGAUUGCAGAGAAAAGGUUCCCCGUUUUAAGUUUCCAGUUACACAAUAUCCAAUUUCUUUGAAAAUUUACAAUGAAGAUGGAUAUAUCCCAGUGGAAACGCCAUACCUGGUUACUGUGGCUGAAGUAAAUAACAGGGAAAACUGGAAACUAAAACAAUCUGUGCCAGAAAAUGUGAAAAAACUGAAAGACUACUUAGGACUGAUUCUUCAUGCUCCAGUGUAUAAUCCUUUAGGCCUCAAUUUAAGUGUAAAAGGCUCUGAGCUCUUUCACUUCAGAGUGUCUGUCGUUCCAGGGGUCACGUUUUGUAACUUAGUUGAAGAAUUUCAGAUUUAUGUCGAUGAAGCACCUCUGCCGUUUCCUGGACACACACUUAUUGCCGUUGCAGCAGCUGUAGUGCUGGGGGGAUUAAUUUUUAUAGCAUUUAUGUUCCAAAUACAUAACAGCCACCCAUACCAACAACUGUCUAAAACAGACAGUGUGAACUUAGGUGUCAGUGCCACCUAGCUGGUCAGAGAUGAAAAGCUGAAUAGUGAACAAAUGAUUGUCAUCAUUUUCUCUUUAUUUCCUAGUUUCCUUAGACAAUUCCUAGAAAGCUGUAUUUCACUGUUAAUGUAAAAACUAGAUAAAACACCAUCGAGUUGUUCUUAUUUUUGAAUACAUAGACCAUUUCUUAUGUCAACACUUACGUAGAGGAUUUUCCGUGAGGUUUUCAGAAAAAUACAAA